CUGAGUUUAUCAUAUUGGAAACCAUGAAAUUGAUUAGUACUAUCGGUUUCGCUGAACUGGAAUAAAUAGAAAUCGGACACCUUUCUGGAUUUUAUAGGUACCCCAGAUUCCAGUCCGAGGACAUUAAGUAGAAUUCAGAUAUUCCAUAAAAACCAUUAAGUACCAGUGCUGAUUUUAAUAAAAUAUCUACAAAAUGAUUAACAAAUCAGUUUUAGCUGGAAUUCUAUUUUCCAUGAUCAACUUGAUAAUCUGCAUUGUUCCAGAAAAUGUUACAAUAAUUAACGAUUUGCGAGAUUUCACUCCACUCCUCCUCGGUGAUGAUUUUGAUUACUUUGUCAGCAACAAACCGGCCACCGCUGAAGAAGCAGAGAAAGUUUGUGAAAGUAUAGGGAAAAACUUUCACCUUGUGACUUUCGAAAAUGAAACGGAGUAUCGGAAAUUGCUCCCGUAUCUCCGCAGUUUAGAGUUCAAAAAUAUUUGGACUUCCGGAGUAAAAUAUCAAGCAUCUACUGGAGUGAAAUACUUGUGGACUCAUCCAACUCCCAGCUUUCCAAUAAAUUUCAACAAUUUUCCAUCCUCUACAACAAUGUUGGAAAAAUUGAGCCAUCUCGAAUCUAAAGGAAAGGGAAAUCUUCCCCGUUGCAAGAACGGAUUUCUUACUCCGAGGUGCACCCCAGGAAAAUGCAAUGUCACCUUGGACGAUUGUAUCACAACCACGUUGCCCUGUCAGAUUACAAGUUGUAAACCAUGCACUGUGACCAGGCCAGAAUGUGGGGCCAGUUGUAACAACUGCACGAUAGAAAAUCCAGUUUGCACUGUUAUUCAGGAGCCCUGUCUAGUUCGAACCAGAGAAUGUACCACCAAUCGUCCCCCAUGUGAAAUCACUACUCCAGAAUGUAUAACUUGGCGUCCACCCUGCGUCACGGUCAACCCACCGUGCCACGUGUCGACACCCAGGCCAUGCACCACUACCACGAGGCGACCCUGCUCUACGACCAAGCACGACUGCACGACCACCCAAUCUCCAUGCAGUGGAACCAAGUGUGCUCCCCCAGUAACGUUUUGCAAGCCUUUAUUCAAAUGCGAACCGGAACCGGAAAUAUGUCAACCGGGACCAAUUAUUUGCCCCACACCGAUUACCACGUGUCCACCUGAACAAACAAUUUGCAAACCUGCCGUUGUACAUUGCCCUGACCCUGUUAUCGAUUGUCCCGAACCUGACGUCUACUGCCCGCCUCCACGGACGCAUUGCACGCCACCAAAAGUAAGUUGCAGUCCUCCAGAAGUAAAUUGUCCUGGAAUUAUUGUAAACUGUCCGAGUCCAAGUUAUGCCUGCCCUCCCCCAACCGUAAAUUGUCCACCCCCACAAAUCGAAUGUGACGAUAUAAUCCCCUGUGAAUACCCGAGCCCACCACCUCCCUGCCCAUCCACCAAUCCAGACGAGUUCAUCGACGACAGCGAAGAAGACGGUGGUGGAGAUGUCGAGCCGGUCAUAACUUCCGGAGAAGACUGCAAGGACGACUGUCUUCCCAAUGGUUGCAUCGCCCUCAGAAAAAUGACCGAUUUCAAGUAUAAGUUGAGCGAUUGUGGAGAAAAGCUGCAUUUCAUUUGUGAAGGACGCUGAUGAUAACAGUGGUCCUUCGCAACUUCAAUUUCAUUAUGCGGUAAGUAAGUAUCACCUUAUCAGCUGAUAAUUCAUAUCCGGAUAUCAAAGUCAAUCAAUCAAUACGUAUAUAAAUCUCUCAUGUAUGUGUGUAAUAAGGUCAAACAGUACUUAUCAUCACAUGCCCACAUUAAAGUUACACGCAUGUAUUGAUUCUUGUUUAUUUGUACAGUUUAAUUUCUGAUUUAUAACUUACAAUAAAAAAAUUAUUACAUUAA